CGAGCAUUAUUGACUAUCGUCCAGGACACUUGCAGAGCUUGUUGCCCCAGAUGAGAAAACCUCAUCUAAGGAUGCAAUAUCUCAAUUGGGUGACUGGUUUCCACAUAUUUGGGUAAGAUGAUGGGAAUGCCCGAAAGUUGCUCUCAUUUAUGUUGGGUGUUUUUUUACAGGUAGUACGUCUGUUGAUCCUCGUUCGCGCUCGAGCCAUGCUGAUCCAAGUCGUUGCCCACUCUCCGCAGUUCGCUUAUGUGAGUGUCUUGAUCCUCCUUCGAGCUCGGGCCAUGCUGAUCCAAGUCGUUGCCCACUCUUCGCAGGCUGUGAGUGUCUUGAUCCUCCUUCGAGCUCGAGUCAUGCUGAUCCAAGUCGUUGCCCACUCUUCGCAGGACGUGAGUGUCUUGAUCCUCCUUCGAGCUCAAGUCAUGCUGAUCCAAGUCGUUGCCCACUCUUCACAGCCUUAUGUGAGUGUCUUGAUCCUCCUUCGAGCUUGAGCCAUGCUGAUUCAAGUCGUUUCCUACUCUUCGCAGUAUGUGAGUGUCUUGAUCCUCCUUCGAGCUCGAGCUAUGCUGAUCCAAGUCGUUGCCUACUCUUC